AUGACCAUCCAAGCCGAGUGCGAACGUCGUGAAACUUCGCCACCCGAAGAAACCCAUGAUUUUGGCGGUCGCCCGGUGUAUGACGACACUCACGAUGAGUUCAUCAGCGCAGACGUAGAUUUAACGAAGGACUGGCCAGAGGACACGGAAAUUGUAGACUUGGUGCAUUUACGGAUUCGGUCCAUGGAGGACUUGGAGCUGCAGCGGUUUCCACAGCUGAAAACCCUGUGUUUGAGACAAAACCUGAUCGAAAGUAUGAGUGAGGUUGAAGUGCUGCCCGCAGCGACCAUGGAGGACAUUGAUCUGUACGACAACAAGAUCAAACACAUUUCCAGCAGUGUGAACCGGUUAACAGGGCUGAAAAGCCUGGACCUGUCGUUUAACAAGAUUAAACACAUCAAGAACUUGGACCAGCUCACCGAGUUGGAACACCUUUAUUUCGUGCAGAACCGGAUCGCGACCGUGGAAAACCUAAGCACGCUCAAAAAACUGCGUAACUUGGAGCUAGGAGGUAACCAAAUUGCACGCAUCGAGCCAGACUCGUUUCGCGGGCUCGAAAACCUGCAACAAAUCUGGCUGGGCAAGAAUCGGAUUCCACGUCUGGUGAACCUGCACCACCUGCAAAACCUGCGUGUUUUGUCGAUCCAGUCCAAUCAGCUCACCAAAAUCGAGGGUCUCGAACAGCUAUCCAACCUCGAGGAGCUGUAUUUGUCGCACAACUUCAUCUCCAAGAUCGAGGGCCUCGAGCACAACACCAAGCUCACUACCUUGGACAUCACAUCCAACCGGAUUUCCAAGGUCGAAAAUCUAUGCCAUCUCACAAAGCUCACCGACCUGUGGCUGUCCUUCAACCAGAUCGACCAAACUUUCGAGUCGCUGGGCGACGAGCUGCGCGACCUGCCGGACUUCGAGACCAUCUAUCUAGAGGGAAACCCAAUUCAGACCAACUCCGGUACCGUUUACAGACGCAAGCUUGUUCUCAACCUGGGUCCCAGCCUGCAAAAGAUUGAUGCUACGUAUAUUCGCGGAUAA